CAAAAUACUUCAGAUUAGUUUCUUAAAAAGUUUAACCUAUGCGAUUUUGGCUACAAAUCGUUGAAGUAUCGCUACGGUCGACGAACGGUAAACCACAUUCACACGUAUAGCUCCGUUAUUUGUUUUAUAUAUGCUAUCUAUCGGCAUUUUAGUCGAUAAAUAUAUUUAGCAACGUGCGCACGAGCAAUUCCUAUCUUUUAUUUACGCAUUAUUUCACGAAGCGAACGGUUUUCACGGCAGAUCGACGAUGAAAUAUAGAGAAACAUGGUAUCGUUGCUUUCAAGAUUAAUCGCCAAUACUAAAACUUUUCAAGACGUCAAACUUUUUCGGAGUAUCGAAAAACUUCGAUAUUUGCAAUCUCGUUUUAAUGCUUCGGAAAAGCAUACAAUAUGCAUUUGUCCCGAGCCGCCAACUUAUAUUACUCGCUUGGCAAUGCCUAUUGAUUAUGACAAUGUAAUAAAUUUCAUGUGCAAGACUUAUUUUAAAGAGGAGCCAAGUAUUGUAAAUAUCGGUCUUAGUAAUAUAUCACCAACAGCUUCCAUAUUGAAGAUCUUGCAAGAGAACCUUAAGAACGGCAUGACGAUAAUCGCAGAAAAUCAACUCCGUUGCAUAAUCGGUGCUGCUGUAAACAUUUGUUCAUGUCCGUGGGAACCAAAAAAAAUUAAGGAAUAUGCGAAAUGUUGCGAGGAAGAGGGUCUAGUGCGCGACCUGAUAGAGUUUUAUUCUUAUGUAUCUCUUAAGCCAGAUGUUUGGAAUCGUUAUUGCGUUCACAAGGUGUUUGAAUGCAACUAUGUGGCGGUUGACCCAGAAUAUCGCGGAAUGGGUAUAGCCAAGAAGCUCAUUGAAGAGAGUUGGUAUCUCGCACGAGAUUGUAGUUAUCGAUUGUUCCGUAUCGACUGUUCUAACAUAUAUACAGCUAUAAUCGCAGAAGGUUUUGGAUGGACUAAAAUAUGUACGAUACCUUAUUGUCGAUACGUCAAGAAUGGCGAAAUGGUAUUCCAAAAUAUACAAGAACCUAAUACAGAAAUUAAAGUUUAUAUCGAUCAUGUCAAGUUUCUUAAUGCAUACCAUCUGCCAUAUAAAAGUUGUAAGUUCAAGUGAUCCGUUCAAAGAUAUACAAGAGGAAGAGAUAAUCUCUUUUAAAAAAUUAUCUAAGCUUCUUUAUUUAAUGUCUCACUGUU